UGCACAUACAUGUGUAUGUGUACAUGCACACGUACAGGGAUUUAACUGUGAAUUCCCCAUUUGAAUCCAUAGGGCUGGAGGACAACUGGCCUUUUUGAGCAUCCAAAAUCGAUGGGGUGAAAUCAAUGGCUGUGUGCGGGACAUUUCCCUCAGUUCAUGUUAAUCUGUGUCACAUGAAGUAUCGCAGCAGAGUGGACGGGAACACAGUCUGUGAAGAGGGUUCUGCCGACCAACUAAAAAUAAAAAUAAGAGGACACAUACACAAAUACUUUUUAUCGGAAGGAAGUCGCUCGUUGCAGCAGAAAGACACGGACACAAAGUCAUUUAAAAGUCUAGUGGGGUGAAGGAGAAGAGUAAGAGUGAAAUGGCUGACUUCACUGAGGAGGACCUGGACAACUAUCUACAGAACCAGGUGGAUCUCAGACACCGGCAGGUUUUGAAAACAGUAGAGGAAGUGCAGAAGAUCAUUAAAGAUCUGACCACUGAGAUCAGCAUCAAGGAUGGCCGUUUCCAGCCCAUCACCAACUCAGGCAUACACAGCGACAACGUCAAAGUCCUCACGCCGACCUUCAUCCUGAUCUCCGUGCCCGUCCGGGGGCUGACGGGGUACAAGGAGCGGCGGACGCGGCAGUGGCGCUACUACACGCUGAGCGGCUCGCGGCUGCUCUCGCCGGUCCGCGAGCCCGAGAAGCUGCACCAGUGGCUGGAGCUGGAGAGCUUCCACAACCCCGCCCAGGAGUGGCACGACGGCAGCGUCGCCAUGGAGGGCGACAUCGUGCCCGCCAAGGUGGUCAACGUCUUCCGAGAGCAGCUGAAGGCGGCCAUCAAGGCCUGUGCCUUGGCGAGUAAAGUCUGCAUACUGGAGACAGGGGGGUCUGUAGUCCGUGUUGCCGUGGAGACAUCAGAGGGUCAGAUAGAGGUGGAGCUGGUUCCAACAGUGGAGAUGAUGAACUGCUGGCCCAAAAAAGCUCGCUGGCCCAAACUGCUGAAACGGUGGCCCACUGCGGAGCGAGCGCGCUGCGUCAAGUCUUUUGGAUUCAACCUGAUGGCCACCUCCAACUAUCACUGGUUGCUGUCCUUCUCACGGGCAGAACAGGUGCUGCUGGGAGGCAUCGAUGAGGACGGGGGAUGCCGCAGGAAGUGCUAUCGCGUGAUUCGUCAACUGAAAGAGGAGGAGUGGUGUCCGGGCCCCAAGCCUGCCAUCACUGCUUACCAUCUACAGACUCUGCUGUUCUGGACCUGUGAGAAGUACCCCAGCACCAAGCACUGGAGGAACCUGAGGGAGAGCGUACUGCGCCUGGCCAAGAAGCUCCACAAGUGUGUGAGCCAGCGCUACCUCCGCCACUACUUUGUCCGCGGCUACAACCUGCUCAAGUACACCAACACCAACGAGCUGGAUGACAUGACCAAGAAGAUAUGUGAUUUCCUCAACAACCCAGGCAUUUACAUCCACUGAGCACCUGAUCUCCAGUGUACCCGCCAUCAGCACAAACCAGCACAUGACAUUUACAUCCCCCUGACACCCAAACUUCAAACUGGAGAAAUGCUACAUUCGCUGAGCACUCAGCCUUCUACACUACUGCUGUUUAUGCACAGAUACAUGGCUUCCACUGACCCUCCUCUCUCUGUCUACUCAGGAGAUAUGUACAGUAUAAUGACACCAUUACCUGCAUUCAAUAGUCAGCCCCCAACUCUUAACAUACUCUCCAUUGUCCACAGACAUGGAUCCAAACCACCAACUCCACAAUACCCUGUGAACAUUUUUGUGGUGAAAAGUCAGUGAAACAUUGUCCAAGUGUUGAGGUGAAAACCAAGCUACAUUUACCGUACAGGAGUGCUAUCCUUCAUCUGUCUGCUUUUAAGAAUUUUUCCUUAGUGAUGACACAUCUAACCUCUGUCUCCCUGUGCUGUAGCUAUAAUCAUCUGUGUGAGGUUGCCUGUCAGGGAAAGGGUUUGCUAAUAGCAAUCACGCACACAGCUGUUCCAUUCCAGCCCUUGUGUUGCAAUGCAUUUAAUUGAAAUCUCCUUUAAUUAGUGAGAUGCUGUCUGAACCCUGUCCCCUAUAUGUUGAUUACAUGUUUGUGGGCAUGUGGUCGCUUGUGGCUUAAGCUCAGGGUAGUCAUGCACACAGCUGUUCUGUAAGAGCCCCCUGCGGUGUGCUGUGACUUAUUCUGACCAGCAGCGCUGCUCCUGAUUUAACUCGACACGCAGCCGUUACUUCUCUCAUCGUACAGAAAAAAGCAAGACCGGAAAUCCAUGUGCAUUUCUCAGUUUACUGGAAGGUUUUGGCCUCUGAAGCGUUCCUUAUGAAACACAACACAACUUAAUACUGUAAAAAGAAAAUGUAUAUGCUUCAUUUUUAGGGAUUAUAGGAGUUCCAAAUACGUUGUGUCAAUGUGUGUAGCUGCAAA